AUGAAAUGUGUCGGCGAUUGGUGGAGCGGGGAUGUGAGUGAAGGAGACAGGCUGGGGAGGGAGGGAGGGGAGAUCCGCAGCGCAGACCCAGCUACUGCAACCGACCGCCCGGCAACCGACACCGAGUCCGCCCCGCUGUCCUUGACCAGUGAACGGCUAACGGCAGCGAUGUCUGAGGUGUCCGACAGGCCCCGAAGCGAAAUCAGCCAGGGCUCCAGUAUUGGCACCAUCUCCUCCCUCACCACCCCUCUGGGGUCAAAGCCAAUCCGACCAAUGAAGAAAGUGCAUACUUUCGGCAAGAGGGAGCAGGCGAUUAAACGGGACCCCAACUCUGUGACUGUGAUCCGAGGCUGGCUCAACAAACAGGACAGUUCUGGGCUGAAGCUGUGGAAGAGAAGGUGGUUCGUCUUGUCUGAUUUCUGCCUCUUCUACUAUCGAGAUAGCCGGGAGGAACGAAUCCUGGGAAGUAUUCCGAUGCCGAGUUACACCAUCUCUGCUAUUGAUCCACAAGACCGGAAGUCCCGGAAAUUUGCUUUUAAGGUUCAAUCCUGUCGGGAAUUUGGUUUGUGUUUGGAAACGUGGGAAGAAAAUGUGACUGGCGUGGGGUGGUUGGGCUGGUUUCAAACAGUGAUAACGGAUUGA